GCAAGGCAAACGCAGCAUUCCAUUGGAAAUGAAUGUACUUCUGAUGUACCAAAACGCAAGAACACUGUCGGUGUGAAGGCCUUAAUGCUGUAGCUCAUUUUAUUCAGAAAUCAAGAGAAAGCGUGCAUCUGUCCUCCGGUAGGCUACAGAAAAUACGUCGAAAUAAGUAUCCAACAAGUUUUUGUAGUCUGGCUUUUCCUGGGAUGGACUCAACAAGAUGUAUAAGGAAUAGCCGUGGCAGCUGAGAGGCCAGCAUUUUAAAGGAAACUACUAAGAUGUCUCGUCGAUAUGAUUCAAGAACAACCAUCUUCUCGCCUGAAGGCCGCCUAUACCAGGUAGAGUAUGCCAUGGAGGCCAUUGGUCACGCUGGCACUUGUCUGGGGAUUUUGGCCAAUGACGGUGUGCUGCUGGCGGCUGAGAGGAGGAACAUCCACAAGCUAUUGGACGAGGUGUUUUUCUCAGAAAAGAUCUACAAGCUGAAUGAGGAUAUGGCGUGUAGCGUGGCUGGAAUCACAUCCGAUGCCAAUGUACUGACCAAUGAGCUGAGACUGAUAGCACAGAGAUACCUACUGCAGUACCAGGAGCCUAUCCCCUGUGAGCAGCUGGUUACAGCUCUGUGUGACAUCAAACAGGCCUACACACAGUUUGGAGGGAAAAGGCCCUUUGGCGUGUCUCUGCUGUACAUGGGUUGGGACAAACACUAUGGUUUCCAGCUCUACCAGAGUGACCCCAGCGGCAACUACGGAGGCUGGAAGGCCACCUGUAUCGGCAACAAUAGUGCCGCGGCCGUGUCCAUGCUGAAGCAGGACUUCAAAGAAGGAGAGAUGGCUCUGUCCUCUGCCCUGGCUCUGGCCGUCAAAGUGCUCAACAAGACUAUGGACGUCAGCAAGCUGUCUGCUGAGAAAGUGGAGAUCGCCACUCUGACCAGAGAGAACGGAAAGACUUGCAUCAAGGUGCUGAAACAGAAGGAAGUGGAUGAGCUGAUCAAGAGACAUGAGGCGGAGGAGGCCAAAGCGGAGAAAGAGAAGAAGGAAAAAGAGCAGAAGGAGAAGGACAAAUGAGUGGCCCACAUUGUUACUUUUCUGUAAAAAAAAUUAAAAUAGUUCAGGUUUUCUAAAUUGUUCUUUGACUAUCUGUUGUAUUUCUUUAAAUAAAGGCAAAAUACUAUACA